AGUAUUACACAAACAAAGAGGGAGUAUCUGUGAAACAACACGGAGAAAACCUGCAGAGCGAGAAGAAAAGAGGAUGGACGCAGCAUUCCGUAAAAUAAACGGGGAGAAGGGCACCCAGCAGGGCUCCAUGUACCUGGAGGAGCAGACCAGCAAGACCGGGGUGCUGUCCUGCAUCUUCUCCCUGAAGGAGGAGGUGGGGGCGCUGGCCAAGGCCCUGAGACUGUUUGAGGAAAAGGGCAUCAACCUGACGCACAUCGAGUCGCGCCCGUCGCGCACAAACAAGCAACAGUACGAGUUCUUCAUCAGCGUGGACACCGCCUGCGCCAAGGCGCUGGACGAGGUCAUCGACGGCCUCCGCACCCAGAUCAGCGGGCAGGUGCACGAGCUCUCCCGCAACAAACAGAAGGACACAGUUCCCUGGUUUCCCAACGACAUCCAGGACUUGGAUCGCUUCGCCAACCAGAUCCUGAGCUAUGGGUCUGAGCUGGAUGCUGACCACCCUGGUUUCACAGACCCGGUGUACAGAGCCAGGAGAAAACAAUUCGCUGACAUUGCCUACAACUACAGACAUGGUCAGGUCAUUCCCACUGUGGAGUAUACGGAGGAGGAGAAGAAGACGUGGGGAACUGUUUUUAAGGAGCUGAAAACGCUGUACCCAACACAUGCCUGCCAUGAGCACAACCGAGUGUUCCCCCUGCUGGAGAAAUACUGCGGCUACAGGCAGGACAACAUCCCCCAGCUAGAGGACGUCUCACGCUUCCUGCAGUCGUGCACAGGGUUCAGACUCCGCCCUGUGGCAGGGCUGCUCUCCUCGCGUGACUUCUUAGCUGGACUGGCAUUCCGGGUCUUCCAUUCCACACAGUAUAUCCGCCACGGGUCCAAGCCCAUGUACACGCCUGAGCCAGACAUCUGCCACGAGCUGCUGGGACACGUGCCUCUGUUUGCAGACCCCAGCUUUGCCCAGUUCUCACAGGAAAUUGGUCUGGCUUCCCUGGGGGCCCCUGACGAGUUUAUUGAAAAGCUUGCAACUGUAUAUUGGUUCACGGUGGAGUUUGGCCUAUGCAAACAGGGCUCAGAGAUAAAGGCCUAUGGUGCAGGACUGCUGUCCUCCUUCGGGGAGCUACAGUACAGUUUGACAGAGAAGCCGAAGCUCCUUCCGUUUGACCCCGAGAAGACGUGCCUUCAGAAGUACCCUAUCACAGAGUUCCAGCCUGUGUACUAUGUGGCUGACAGCUUCGAGGAUGCCAAGGAAAAAGUCAGGAAGUACGCGGCGACCAUACCCCGGCCCUUCUCGGUGCGGUACAAUGCGUACACCCAGCGCAUCGAGGUUCUGGACAGCACCCAGCAGCUCAGAAACCUGGCCGAUAGCAUCAAUGGUGAGAUUGGGAUCUUGUGCAGCGCCCUCCGUAAAAUGGAGUACGGAAAAGAUUAAUAUGGUGCUGCAGAGAUGACUGACAUCUGCCUGUCGGACCCCUGAAGUGAAGUUUUUUUUGGAGUAACAUUUGCAUGCAGGUCAACUAUACCUGUUAAACCCCAUAUUUGAUUUAUUUCUCCGUAUAAGAAAUACGAUGACACCAGUGAAAGAAAUUUAAAACCCACGUCAAACGUGACGUUGUACAAUGAAUUCCCAGAUGUGUAGCCCAAGAAUAUUUCUGACUGGUGCUGUAUUUCAGACAGUAGAACGAUCAACAGACGGGUAAUUGCCAAGUACACAUUUGCAUACAUGAUUUCAGAACCGAUAUUUUUAAAAUAUAGCCGAUCUCAGGGGAAAUAUUCAAGGAAUGCUUACGAAAUAAAGUAUAAAUAUAAAGUAUAUAAAGUAUAAAGUAUAUAAAUAUAAUUUUUGAAAGUGUACGUCGUUUAAGUCUGUCCAGGGUGAGUCAGUCUACCUUUCCAGUGUGAGGAAACCUUUCUACCGCCUGCGCGUUAUUAGAAGAUAAUAACCGUAAUUUGCAGGAACCAGCUGAGACCGUCUGAAUCAGAAGAGAGGACGUGCCAGAGCUUUUAUGGCCCUUUGAAGAUUAUAUUUUAUUGCAACCUGUAUGCUGUAGUACCACUGUAUGUUGGACCACUUUAUGUGUGCCAGUGUCGAGCUGAAAUACUAUUUUGCCUUUUUUAAUUGCUAAACGUAUUACAUUAAAAUAUAAGGAAAUCUAGUGUGUUUGGGGACUAAAACAAAAAAAGGGCUGACAAUAAUUCACGAUUCAAACACCACUGAACAUAUGUCCUAUUGCAGGGAAGACACGGGGGUAAACAUUUACAGAAUAUGAGGCUGAACAUUGGUUUAAUUCGGCUAAUUAAACUGUCAAUGACUGUAUUUUCAAGCCAUUAUAUGCAUUAACAUAUCCCCUUGUGAUGACUUUAUAAGAUGCAUGACAUAUAAUAGCGUUGACCAAUAAAUGAACGGCUUAUUUUGUCAUUCGAUUUGUGUGUGUGUUUGUUUAUUUGUUUUUUAAUAAUGUAAUUAUAAUAAGUUUGUAAAUCAGCUCUUUAUGCACGCCAUACGUGCCCAUUUCCCUUCGUUCGCCCAUUCCGUUACC